CCAGCCUGAAAGCGUCUCAUCUGAAUCGGUGUUUGGGCUGCACGGUGGAGUACAGAGCAAGGCAGACAUCUGGCUAAGGCUGGGCCAAACAGACACCUACUCUCUUCUGGCCCUGUAAUGUCUCUGCUGGUGAGAGCAAUGGGAGGGAGACAGCUGGUAAUAUUGUGGGGAAUGGGGAGAAAGAGAGAAACUUCCGCCUGUAUCAUGAAUGUCAGUGUUUGUCAGAAGCGUUAGUUACCAGAACUAGCCGGGUGCUUCAAGCUAACUGGAGGUUUGGUGCUAACAUUCUCACAACCCAUUCCAAUGUCGCUUGGGAGAAAUAAUUCACAUCUAAAGAUCAUUUGGAGAGCAUUUUCCGUCCCAGCGAUGCCCUUUGUAUUACCAACCUGGAGCAAGCAAAAGACGCAUGAAGGAAGAGCCAGUGUAGACAGGACCAUGUCAUCUAGGCAUGAGCAGAGCUGCCUUCAAACUCGGUGGCUGAAGUACCUGAGCGCUAGUUCUGCUCCAGCAUCCAUGGGGAAUCAUGGCUCUGAAUUUCCUCAACCUAGAGGCAGCCUGCAGAGAUUUCUGAGUGGCUGAUGUGGUAUUUCUCCCAGCACCUUUCUAGAGCUUUAAACAAUCUUGUUAGCGGCGAGGCCUGACUCUUCCAUGGGGGGGCGGCUCCACUGGGAAACGUUACAGCAAAACACCCUCCCCGUGCAUGGGAGUUGUGCAUGGGACGGAUCCAUGCAGGAAUCAUGGGUUGCGUGGGAAACUGCCGCAGCUAGCGGGCCUGUCGCAAGCCUUUCUCGAGUGUGGCUGCUUCUGCAGUUUUCAGCCCAGCAGCAGCUGCAAAGAUUGAAAACUCUCCUGGCACUUGGAAGUGAGGGUAGAUUUCAGGAGUCCGGAUGGGGGCUUUCCUCUAACUCUGCCCACCUCGCUUUGCUGGAGGGGGGUGGCAUGAGCCCAUUGUGCACUGAACUGGCAUGUGUGUGCCCUUGAUUCCUUAGGGGGGGGACCCACUCCAAGGUAGUGCUGAUAUCUGAAGAUGGCAAGAUCCUGGCAGAGACCGACGGGCCCUGCACUAACCAUUGGCUGGUCGGCUCAGACAAAUGCCUGGAAAGGAUCAACGAGAUGGUCAGCGAGGCCAAAGGGAAGGCAGGUGCCAACCCGCAGGUUCCCCUCCGCUCGCUGGGGCUGUCUCUGAGCGGGGGGGAGCAGAAAGAAGCCAUCAAGAAGCUCAUCGAGCAGCUGCAGACCCGCUUCCCGCAGCUGAGCGAGAACUACUACAUCACCACGGAUGCCAUCGGGGCGAUGGCCACAGCUACCGACCACGGUGGCGUGGUGCUGAUCUCGGGAACCGGUUCCAACUGCAAACUCAUCAACCCCGACGGGUCGGAGGUUAGCUGUGGAGGGUGGGGUCACAUGAUGGGAGACGAGGGGUCAGCUUUCUGGAUCGCGCACCAGGCCGUGAAGAUUGUGUUCGACUGCCUGGACAACCUGGAAGUGCCGCCCCACGACAUUGGCUAUGUCAAGCAGGCCAUGUUCGAUUACUUCCAGAUCUCUGACAGGAUGGGCCUCCUGACGCAUCUCUACCGGACGUUCGAGAAAUCCAAGUUCGCGGGAUUCUGCCAAAAACUAGCCGAGGAGCCUCUUUGGAGGCGAGCUGGGGCUGCCGAUCCUGUGCGUGGGCUCCGUGUGGAACAGCUGGGAAAUGAUGAAAGAAGGGUUCCUCAAAGUCCUGAACCAGGCCCGGCGUCAGGAGCUGCACAGCAUCUUCUCCAAGUUCACCCUCUUGAAGCUAAAGCACUCGUCAGCGUUGGGCGGAGCCAGCCUGGGGGCCAAGCAUAUAGGGCAGGUGCUGCCCCUGGACUACACUGCCAAUGUGGAUGUCUUCUACACACACUCCUUCUAGGGCCUCAUGGGAGGAGUCAACUCCUCUCCCUCCCUGCCCUGGCCAGUGCUCUCUGCCUGGGCAGCAUCUGGCCAAGCAGCCCUACUUUUUAAAUUGUUUCUUGGUUUGUGUCUCUAGCGCAGUCUGGGGGUUGGGGUGGGGGAAUCUAUUUACAUAGACAGGAAUUGCAUCUGGCUUUUUCUGUCAAUGUGUUUUGUAAUUCGUCAAUAAAAGGUCACAGACACAGCUGACUC